AUGGCGAAGGCUGUCAUCAAAGUGGGAACCGUGGAAGUUCCUGACUUUUUGUGUGAUAUGACCAAACGAGCUUGCAAGAAUAGAGCUGGUUGGAGUCUCGCUCUACACGCAAUGCAGUUCGAUGACGAGGGUGAACUGAUGGAUAUUCUCCUGGAGGUACACACACUGUUACAUGACGCUACAUUCCAUGAACACGAUGCAAAAUCCGGUCCUAUAAGUCAGGAAAGAUCUCCAAUCGACGCGUCUGGAAUUGUUAGCGGUAUUGAUGGACUCUCCUUGCAAUCGGCAGACCAACAGUCCUCCACGAUUUUCCAGCGCCCUCAUGUCCAGCCUGUCAUAUUCGACAGAGGAGAUGAAGAGUUUCACACAGAAUUUUCGCUUGGCUUGUCCCUAUUCUUUUGGGACCUGAUGGCACGUCGCGACAUUGUGAAGAACUUCUGGAGAAGAUACCCUGACUUGUACGAAACGACAAUUCCCGGGGUAGUCACAGAUGUGUUUAUUGGCCAGGUCCGUGCUCUGGAGCGAGACUUUGAAGACACCAUGGUAUGGCCAUUCAAGUUUCCAAAGGCACAGUAUCCUACCCCGCUUCUCCCCGCUCUGUUCUGUGCGAGGUUUGAGAGAACAGCUCAUAACGUUCGCGAGAAAGCCAAAGAUGUUUUAUACAAUGAGAUCAAGACUAAGCCUUUUGAUCACACUGCGGCAUUGGGACCACACUGCAAGGUCGCACUUCUCGCGCAACAUACUGCCUGCCAAUACUAUCGCAAACAGACUCAACACUUGAGCAACGCAGAGCUGAUUGAUGUUGGGAUCACGAGUUUUGAGCAUGAUCAAAGAUAUUAUUUUGACAUGGUCGGCGCUCUAAAGUUACUACAGUCGGGUCGGUGUGUUCUAGCCUCCUCUAUUAGCCCUUUCGGCGAAGAUGAGUUAACAAAGGCCAUAUCAGAGUUUCAGAAAACGGGCCAUGCCCCGAUUUGGAUGCUGCUCGGUCUAGCCGUGCAGUCUGAUGCCAGCCUAGUCGUGGCAGAAACGACAAUUGAUAGAGCGGAUAAUAAAUUGGAUACGCCUAGGAUCAUGGACGGUCUCGAGGACACUAUCACAAGUUUCUCCAAGACUAUUGCCGAGAUUGAGAAAGCUAAAGAGCCAUUUCCUCGAGGCGAAGCAGAGAAGAAAUGCUACGAAGAUCUUGGCAUUUUACAAGAAAGGCUGAGAGAAUGGGUCAUCGAGGAUAAAGUUGAGAAAUGGACUCGCGGGAUGUCAUGA